AUGGGUUUGGGCGAUGAAGAACGAUCUAAGCUUCAUCUCGAGGAGAUGCUCGAUCAAUUCCCCAAGGAGUUUUCAAACUACCUCCGCAAGUCCUCCGGGGGCGCUGAGGCCCAAUUCGAAAAGGGUCUGGUCGUUGAAGAAGACGAAAGUCUCGACAGUAACGACCAAGACGGCUUCCCGUUCACAGGGCGAGCCCCGAGUACCGAAAGACAGCUACCGUGGCAAUCUCAUCGGUCGGAGGGCUCAUGGUACUUGUGCGAUUAA